AUGGUACGAUUCUGUAAUACGCCGUGUAUUCAGGCAAAAAGAUUGCAAAGACGUAUUAAAUCAGACAAUAGUACGUUUUAUGACACGUUAUUGUCUAAUGUGUAUUUAUUGCAAUCUAUUGGUCAGAUUUUUAUAUUCGGAGACUUUAAUAGUCGAAUAGGCAACUUGGACGAUCAUAUAUCUGGUAUUCAUGUUAUUCCAGAUAGGGAUAUCAUAGAUUUUGAUAUAAAUGCUUAUGUAAAGCCCAGUGACCCAGUCAUUCAAACAUUACCUGUAUCUGUUGGAGGCACUGUAGAGGUCAGCUGUACAACAACUGGUUGUAGACCUGCUGCAAAUAUUUCCUGGUUAUACCAGGGAUCAACAGCUACAGGACAAACAGCAUUAACAUUGACGUGUACAACAGGAUCCUCUAACCCUGCCUCUGAUAUUAGAUGGAAAAAUGGUUCUGUAACAUUAUCUAGUAAUCGUCCAUACAUGGAAACUACUGGAAACAGUAAUGGAUUGGUGAGAUCACAGCAACUGAUACUGCACCCAACACGGUAUAUGGACGGUGAUGGCAUUUCGUGCGAAGUGUCAAAUGCAGAGUCACAGUCUGAUGUUGUGGAUACUAUUACACUCAGUUUGAAAUAUUCACCACUCGUUACUAUCCAAGAACAACAACAGAACACACUAAGAGAAGGCGAAAGUAAACAACUACCAUGUGAAGUAAACAGCAAACCAUCAGCAACUAUAAAAUGGUACCAUGGCAACAGCUUGAUAAUUCAAGGAACACCAGUCAGCAAUGUACUCAAUUACAGUUUAACACCAGUCAAAAGAACACACUAUGGAACUUAUAUUUGUAGGGCAGACAAUGGAAUAGGCUCGGAAAAUCAGGAGAAAAUCUCUAUUACUGUUAGAUUUAAACCUCUUACAACAACAAUAACAGGAAACAGCAAUGUCAUUGCUAAUGGGAAAAAUACAUUACCACUGGUGUGUACAUCUGGAAGUUCAAACCCGAUAUCUGACAUCACAUGGAGAAUAAACAGUGUUAUCACACCAAGUAACGGAAGUCUGUCUGAUCAGAGUGGGGAGUAUGGCGGCAUGAAACGUCGGCGGAGGCUUACAUUGACCCCAACACGUGACAAUGAUGGUGACAGAAUUUCAUGUGAAGCUAACAAUAGUAUAGGGACAUCUGGAAAAAAAACAGUGGAACUGAAUCUAAGAUUAAAAUUUGUUGAGAAAAAAGAAAAAGCAUUUCUAGAUGUGUAG